CUCUUGGAACAAUUUGGAACUGCGUAAUUUACUUCCUGUGCCAAAGUGCAAGGUCUGACCUAGCCAGCUGGCUAACAGCGUGAAUUAUACCUUCCUGAUAUGUUUUCUCACAUAUUUUGCAAGAUAGAAGCCAGCAAAAAUGGUAAGUUGUGUCUGAGUAUAUGUAUACAUGGUUGGUAAAUUAGUUAUUUCUUAUUGUCGUUUGACUCAAUAUUAGACUAGCUGUCAGUUGGAUAGCCAGUGAAAUAGAAUUGAGUAAAACAGAAUAGAAUACUGUUAGAAUAAAUUGGAUGAAUGAGGAUGCAGCUACAUCAUCGGUUAUCUGUUGUGUGACUUCUUGCUCUCUAAACAGCUUGUAGUUUAAACAAAAACAAAGUAGUUUUAUAUUUCUCAUGUCUCUCCAUCUGUUGCUCUCUGCCCGUCUCUGGCUAUCACUACCCUCUCUCUCUAUCCCACAGCAUAGGUCUACAACACUCUUCCCUCAGCUGGCCUACCAUGUGCUGGCCCACUGCAGAGGAUACUGUGUGUUGAGAGGCAGCUCAAGGUCGCUACUCUGUGGCCCACAACCCCAUGGACUCACCCGACUGGACCCAAGAUGGACGCUUAGUAUCCAACACAGCUACCCAGUACCCCCAUCCCCCCACCUCACUGCUCUCACCAAAUACUCGGACUUAUCCACACAAAAAUACAACCUCAUCUACUCCUUACCUCACAUCAAAGUCCUCAGAACGGUCUCCAGACUCAAACUGCUCCAAACCGGAAUCACCAUGCUCUUACUCCCGCCCGUCUACUACAUGUAUUCCCAAGGAGAUGCUUCGUACCUACUGGUUAGCUACAGUACGGGAAUAGCGGCGUUCGCCGCCGUAAUGCUCUACUCAGCUAGUCACUACCUGAGACGCGUCGUUGGGAUGAUGUACCUGGAUGAGUCCCAGACGACGCUGAAAGUGUCUCACCUGACGUUCUGGGGACGGAGGAAUGACGUGUAUCUGCCCGUGAUGGACGUUAUGACUCUGGGGGACACUGGGGACUCCAUAGGGGAGACUAUAUUGAGGUUGAAGCGAUAUAGUAGUUCUGAGACGCUGUACUUCUCCACUAGACUGGGACGUGUGGUGGAUAGGCAGGCCUUUGAGAAAGUGUUUGGGACUUUGAUUUGAUGUUUUUAUAGGGCUUUGCAGAACACUGAGCCGAACAGAGCCCAGCCAAACCAAGCCGGCCUGGUUAUGCAUCCACCAUAGUUCCACCAAACAUCCAAGCCAGCACAGUUCGGUUCGACACAGUAGUGUGAAAGGGGUAUUUUGUGUUUUUGUGAGCAUUUGAAAUGUUGUAUAUUCAGCAGCUAAAGAGAUGACUCCCUACAUAUACUGCAGUCUGUUCUGCCCCAUUUCUUGACUACUGUGUGUGGCCAAAAGAAACCGUGACAUUUGUAUUGGACAACUGCUCAGACUCACAACCUUCAAUAAAUACACCCUGAUAAUUUAUUUUAAGGUACAGUACACAAAAUACCCUAUACAGAAAAUGUCUACAGUUAUUUGACCUUUAGAAAGUCCAUUGCAAUCAAUCAGCCCACAUUCACUUAUGGAAAUCAUUUUCUUAAAGCAUUGGCGUGAAGAAUAUACAGGAGUGUAUACCCUGCUGGUCAUCUAUGAACAUCUUGGAAGAAUCAUCUGGCUUUAAUGCCCAUGUACCCUUAAUCACCACCCAGCACAGCCAGAAGAGGACUGGUUCCUCUAGGUGUCUUCCGAGGUUCCUGCCUUUCUAGGGAGUUUUUCCUA